CGAGCUCGUUGCAUCGUGAGUCGCCGUCGCGGCUAGGUGUGUGUGAUAAGAACAGCCAUCGACGAAAGUGCGGGUGCAUCUCGCGCGCGAACAUCAAUGCGUGUACCGUCGCGCUACUUUCGAACGGUUCCUACUCAAACAGCACCAACUCGUAAUGCUAUCGGCGGAUUACGUCUGGAAAUUCUAACCUUGUAAAGUGGAUAAAAAUGCUUGGCGAAAGUGUCGAAGUCACGCAAGUACGUUGCGACGUGCAUGUCGGGUUUUAGCGGCAUAGGCAAUGACCCGUCACAACUAGGAACGAAAACGUUGGAGUAACGACGUGGAGGGAAAGGAGAAGUGGGAAUAAAAAAGAAGGAGGAGAAGAAGAAGAAGAAGAGAACAAAAUAAACAAACGAAAAAAGGAAAAGCACCUAAACCCCAGGAUCAGCACCGUGGAGUGUCUUGAUGGACGUCUGUAUCCACUCCAUCUCGUCCUGCAGCAGCAGCACGUCUAGGCAGCCCUUAAAGUAGUCCGACGUGAAACAGUUUUUUCUGCAAAAGAAGGCCGAAGAAGCGCGAUGGAGGAGGCAAGAUGCGCGCUGGUGUCGCUGGACGAGCGGACAGUCUGCUCGGGCAUACUGCUGGCCGACGACUGGGUGCUAAGCCACGGCUCGCUGCUGCGUCACAGUGUCGUGGACCUGGCCGCGCUGGACGAUGGCCCGACGGCGCUGCAGCUGGAGUUGCGCGUGCGCCACCAUUGUCGCAGGUCGGGCCCGGAGCUGCUGGAGCGCGCAGGCUCGCGGAGCUUCGCCUGGCGCUGCCCGCUGCUGCGCCGGGCCUUCGCCGAGCUGCUUUCCGCGUGGAGCUUCGAUGACGCACGUGGCCUGUUAACGGUGUUCGUGCUCGUGGCGCCCGACGGGCUGGGCGACGCGGCGGCCGCCGCAGCGAGCCUGGCCCGGCUGCUGGCCGUGCUGCCCGAGGGAGCCGCCCGGGGCGCCGCGCUAGAGUUGGAAUCGGCGCCGUUCGCGUGCCCGGAUUUCCUCGGCUCGGUGUCGCGCGGCCUCGCCAGCAACUUGCUCGCCGACGGCUGCCUGCUCAUGAGCGACGCGCCCGCGCUGCCCGGCUGCGAGGGCGCGCCCGUCUUCGCGCUGAGACGAGGCGGCAGACGGCUGGUGGGCAUGCUGCUCACGAGCCGGAGCUGGUGCCGCGGCGAGCUGGUUGGCCACAGCUUCGCGGCGAGUCUGCGGCCCUGCCUGCAGCGCCUGCUGCGAGCCAACGACCCGAGCGCCGCCCCGAGCACCGCCCCGAGCACCGCCCCGGUGGACUCGCUCGACGGGAGCCUGGCGCUGGUCCGGUGCGGCGCCGGCUGGGGCACCGGAGUGCUGCUCGACUACGAGACCGUGCUCACCUGUUCGCACGUCGUCCGCGAGCCAGCCGCUCGUCGGCGCCUCGACAACCGCGGCGCUCGGUCGAGGGAUCAUUCGCGCGACAGGCGCAGCUCGCGCUCCUCUCCUUGCCUGACGAGCCUCAACUGUCUGUCGCAGUCGGCGUCGAAGAGCGUGCGGGUCGGGACUGAGGAGGCGCAGCUGGUCUACCGGACGCCCGACGAACGACCCUACGACGUGGCCGUGCUAAGGCUGCCGCGCGGCGGCCGCUGCCGGCGGUGGAGGUUCCUGGAGUUGGCCGAGCAAUUGCCCCACAAAGGUACGCCGGUGCUGACAGCUGGAUUUCCGUUCUUUGGCGGCGACGCGCCGCCAAGCUACAGUCGCGGUGUCGUGAGUCGAGUGACGCCGCACGUCGUGCAAACCAGCUGCUGCGUGCAGAGCGGCACGAGCGGUGGCCCCGUCGUCGACGCCCUCACCGGAAGGAUGCUCGCGCUAGUGGUAUCCAACAUCAAGAGCGCCGGGCCCUCGCCGGUCCUUUACCCGAGGUUCAACAUGGCUGUGCCGUCGAGCGUGCUGCGACGGCCUAUCGUCGAUUUCAUGCGGACUGGAGAUGUCAGCUGCUUGGAGAGCUUGUCCAGCGACGAUCCGUCGGUUCACGAGACGUGGAGUUACAACUUGACGCCACGAUCGAAGAUAUAAAAAGCUGCGUUUUUUUCCAAUGCGCGCGUAAGUGAGAUUAGGAGAGAAAAAACGUACACUAUGACGUAAAUGAGGUUCAACAUGCAACGAGCGUGAUUAUGAUAAUACGGUCGUUGCAUAUUUAUUCAUUCUUUUUUUGCAAGUUAUUUUUUUAAAUGGGAAUAUUGUCUAAUAACUUUGGUUGAGGCGGGGUUCAAAAGUAAAAAUAAAGGACGAAUGUUAGCUUUCAGUUUUAUUUUUUUUUCUCCAAAGACAACCAUCCUACAAAAAUAGAAAAUUAUAUGCUCCACCACACUUUAAUAUUAUAGUCAAGAGUAAAUGAAUGAAAAAAAAAAACGCAUAGCAAGCGAGACGUUUAUAUACUUACAAUUAACACAAUGAUUUAUGUAACUUGGCAUUUCUUCGGCUUGCUACGCGAAAAAGUUAUGAAUACGCAAUUUUAAUUGGAGUCGAUCAUGUGUGACGUGUUCGAUUAUGAUUUAUUGACAUGAUUUUUUAAUUGAGAGAAGAAUUUUAUUGAAUUGACCGAUUUUGACAUCUUGUAUAAAAAUGCGGACAUUUAUUUUUUUCGCAAUCGGUUGGCUGACGUUACGUAUUUUAGUUUCAACAAGGGCUCAGAUUAGUAGUAUUAUGUCUGUGUGAGAAUUUUUUUAUGAAAAAAAUUUGAUUACGAAACAGCAAGCUAAGCUGUACAAUUGUUUUAGUAAAAAUUGAACCGCAACAAUACAACCUUCUAACACGUCUUAUCUUUAAGUAUUAUUUUUAUUACUAUUUAUAAACCUCAGUACUUCUUUAUAUACAUGCUUGUUUUUUGUUGGAAUUCAUUAGUUUUUAUUACCGUUAACUGGUAAGUAGUUUUAUAAUCGAUAUGAAAACAAGGUUGCUUUUCGAAGAACCUUGAAUACCUAUAUCAUAAGCUUUUAUAGUAAUGACGACACUCGUGAACAAUCAUCACUCUUAUACAGGGUAUCCAGUAAUCUAGAAAAUAUGAGAUUCCAAAGUUUGGUAAAACAACACCAUUUCUCUUUUUCGAACAAGUGUAAGUAGAAAUGAAAAAUUUACAGGACGGAGUUAAAUUCAGUAUGCGAAACACGAGAGAAAAUCUCAACUUUCUUUAAUGCACAAUUAUUCAGAAAAAGAGGGUAAAUUGCACCAUUUUAUUUAGUUAUCACCAUUCGUAUCAAGAAAAUUCUAAUUUUUGUGAAUCAAAUUUACAAAGUACUUAUUUGUUAAUUACAAUCUCUCUACCAACCAAAAUCCAUUUUACAUUCUUAUUCUACAAUAAUACAAUAAUUUAGCAGUUAAAAUGAUAUAUUAUGAUAAUAACAAAAAUACUAUAAAAAAUACAAUAUCUUAUUAUAAAAUCUGCGUACGCUUCAUAAAUGCAAAGACGCACGACAGCGUACAAUAUCUAUGUUAUGCGAGUAUUCUUGAAAAUCGUUAUCAUGAAUAUUAAUAAAAAAAUCAACUGAUGAGUACAAAGAAAGUUGUAUAAUCUUUGUUCGAGCAAACAAGUUUUAAACACAAUUAUCAAGCCUAUAAAAAAUCAUACCAUAAUUUCCUUACAAUACUUAGUAUACUUUGGAAUGCGAAUAAAAGUUUUGAGUUUAAAAUUAAAAAAGAAAACGUUUUUCAGCCACCUCACGUACGUUAAUUGUUUACAAAAAUUGAAUAACGCACCUCUAAACCUUACAAAAAAUAUCCUAAUCCGAUGACUAGAUUGGUUUAGAAACUACGAGCAUUAGCUAGUUUUUGUUUUGCUUUACCGAGUUAUUCGUUUUAAAUAUCAUUGAAUUAUUGGUUAACAAAGUCCGGUCGAUCAUUAAUUAAUCAACUGUUUUUUUGUCAAGAAUUCCGACUUGCGCGCACCUCGAUAAAUCACUUGCAAUUACAC